AUGGGCCCGCGCCGCCGGAGCCGCAAGCCCGAAGUCCCGAAGAGGCGCACCGCGAGCCCGACCCCCAGCCCCCCCCGGCGGGGCCCCUCCUUAGGCGCUUCCUCCCGUCAGCGUGGUCCCCGGAGAAGUCGGGUUCUGAAGGAGAUCCGAAAGCUUCAGAAAAGCACAGACCUGUUGUUAAGGAAGAGCCCCUUUGGCCGCCUGGCAAGAGAGAUAUGUGUUAAAUUCACUCGUGGUGUGGACUUCUACUGGCAAGCCCAGGCCCUGUUGGCCCUACAAGAGGCUGCAGAAGCAUUUCUGGUUCAUCUCUUUGAGGACGCCUAUCUUCUCUCCUUACAUGCCGGCCGCGUUACUCUCUUCCCGAAGGAUGUGCAGCUGGCCAGGAGGAUCCGAGGCAUUCAGGAAGGGCUUGGCUGAGCUCCCGCCACCUGUCUCUGUAAGCCUUUCCUGCUUGCCAGAGAGAGCGCUCUCUGGGGAGGAAGCACCCAGCGUCUCAUCACCGGGAUGGGAGUUGCUCUGAAGGAGUUUCCAUCCUUGGUCCCUUGCUGUCUCACCUUCCCUUUGUUCUCUAGGAAAGGUUUGACUUGGUUUUAGCUUGAGCGCUUGGGAUUCUAUGGCUCAUGCGCUUUUGUACAACGUUGAAUAAAGAUCUUUAUCUAUUUAG